AAAUGAUGUAUGGUUUUUGUGCUUGUUGAAUUCGUUUGAGAAGAAAACAAAAUUAGUAGUGCCUAAAUUGGCGGGAGUGCCCUUGGGCGGGCUGCCGCAUGCGACCACACACUUGUUGGCGCCCGCGUGGAUCUCUCCAUCUAUACAUGGGUGUUCGUCCACACAUGUCUUGUUUAAAACCCAAAAAAAAACAAAAAAAUAGAUGCUCACAGAUAGAAAGAAAAAGGAGGAGAGCAAGAAUGAGAAUGAGCAAGGCCCUCGCCGCCGUGGUGGCCAUCUCCGUGAGCCUGAGCGCGGCCGCUAUGGGCGUGGACGCGACGGUGGAGAGCACCUGCAGUGACGCGGCCGCCAGCGACAAGCGCGUCCACUUGGCGAUGUGCCUGUCGCAGCUGGGGCACCACCGCGACGCGGACGCGUGGGGGCUUGCGAAGGCGGCAACCCUGGUGGGCGUGGACAAGGCGGACCUCGCCGCCGAUGACAUAAAGGAGCUAGAGGCCGGGGCAAGCACGGCGGGCAUCAAGCCAGCGCUGGCGGAAUUCGCGAAGCAGUACCGGGGCCUGGGCUUCGCCUUUGCCAGCGCGCACGACGUGAUCAACAAUCGCGCCUACGACGUCGGGGAGAAGAAGCUGGACGAGGCCCUGUCCCUGACGCAGAAGUGCAACGCCGCCUUCGCCAAGAUCGGCGUCCCGCUGCAGCAGCCGCUGGCCCAGCUCACCGCCGACACCAUCCAGAUCGCCAUCAUAGCUAAGGCUAUCACCUGCCUCGUCAACGUCAACAAUAAUCCAGCUCUGGUUGCGGCUGCGGCUGCGGCUGCUGCAGCCAAGGCUCCCCAACAGAGCCAAUACCCAUAAAUUUAAUAUCAUAUCAUCCCUUUUUAUUUGUUUUUUGGUUUUGGGCACAAAUUCUGCCGGUGCCUUUGCUUUGAAAGACUACUAAAUAUUUUAUAAAUUCAAAACAACAACUACUCCGUAGUAGUGUACUACUCCACAAGCGAUUGAAAGCCAAAAAAAAGAUACUACUAAUUGAUUGAUUGGUUGAUUGAUUGAUUAAGGGGAUAUAUGUGAAUGAAGAAUCAGGCCCAGACUCUCUUCUUGGGGAUAAGGUCGACCGUCUUGACCUUGUCUAUGCGAGCCGCGACGAUGAAGUCAUUGACGGUGAGGCCGCCGGCGGAGGGCGUCUGCAGCUCGGCCCUGACCUGGUUGGGGGCCUCGAAGACGACGGUGGCCGGGGCGCCGUCAACCGCGGCGUUGAUCCUGGCGACGAGCUCGUGGCCGCAGGCUUCGUCCCUGACCUUCCAGACGCACUGCAGACGCAUGCCGUCGGCGUCGUCGAGGAGGCGCCAGCCAACCACCUUGUGGAGGAGGCGGCGGGCUUCGGCAGCGUCGACGGGCGCGGGGUUAGGCUCGAGGGGGAGGCGCGCGAUGGAGAGCACGGAGAGCGUGGGGAUGAGGAUGUUGUGGAGGGUGUCGACGUUGCCCAGCACCCUCUCGCCGAAGUUGCUCUCGAUCUCCUCCGGGAAGGGGUCGCGCGCGCCAAAGUCGCCCAGCAGGUCGGCCAUGGCCACCACCACGCUCUUUUGCUUCCUCCGCACGGCGAGCUGAUGAGGCGGCGGCAGAGGAACCCGCCGUCCGAAGCAGCAGGCUGCUGCGGCUGCCGGCGCGAGGAUGUGGUUGGUGAGCGCCAUUGGAUUGGAUUGGAAUGGCGAUGAGGAACAGCUGCAGCCACCAGUCC